UCUCCGCUGCGCUGGGUGGACCAGGUGGACUGGAAGGGGCGGAGGUAACCAGCAGCGGCCAGUGGUGGCCGCCCGCAGUCCCCCGCCUCCUCCACGCAACGCUCGCCCAGAAGAGGGCACGGGCGGCGUGGCUGGCAGUCUUCCGAGCUCGGGCACCGCUACCAUCUGCUGCUCUGCGAGGAGUCCGUGGAUUCCCCGCCGCGCUCAGCUCCACGCCGGCCACCAUGGAGGCGCAGGCACAAGGCUUGUUGGAGACGGAGCCACUUCAAGGAAGAGAUGGGGACGCAAUAGGCAGUGCUGACCUCUCUAGCAUGCUUUCUGAGGAGGAGAAGGACGAGCUAAAGGCAGAGUUAGUUCAGCUAGAAGAGGAAAUCACAACAUUACGACAAGUUUUGUCAGCAAAAGAAAGACAUCUGGUUGAGAUCAAACAGAAACUCGGCAUGAACCUGAUGAACGAGUUAAAGCAGAACUUCAGCAGGAGCUGGCACGACAUGCAGACCACGACUGCGUACAAAAAAACACACGAAACCCUGAGCCACGCAGGGCAGAAGGCAACAGCAGCUUUCAGUAAUGUGGGAACUGCCAUCAGCAGGAAGUUUGGCGAUAUGAGGUACUCCAUCCGCCAUUCCAUAAGUAUGCCUGCCAUGAGGAAUUCUCCUACUUUCAAAUCAUUUGAGGAGAGGGUUGAGACAACUGUUACAAGCCUCAAGACGAAAGUAGGUGGGACAAACCACAGUGGUGGCAGUUUUGAGGAGGUCCUGAGCUCCACAGCACACGCCAGCUCCCAGAAUGCUUCAGCAGGCAUCCGGCAGACCAGAGAAGAGGAUCUGCAGUGCUAGGCCCAGCCUGGGCUGCUGCCGGUCAGUUUGCCUGCUCAUCCCGUUAUGAAGACCAAAAUCCCACCGGGAACCCCAAGUUUUGACAUUGUUAUUUAAAUGGGGUCUCCAAAAAGUUUAAUGAAAUGAUUUCUCUUCGCACUUGUGUUGACGAUGGACCAGUCGACCAUUACUCUGGAGUGUUUACAAAUGUCACCUUUAAAAUAGGCAACCUGGAGCACGGUCCUAACUGGUCCUAUUCUUGUCUGUGUAACUCAAUGUAUUUCCCAAACAUGCAGCUACUAAUUAUUAGCUUUGCUUUUGGCUCAGUCUCCAUACCACUAUGCAUGUCUGGGAGUGCUGAGGCCUGUCAGUGUGCAGAGCCACAGGGGCACUAUUUGAUGACUGUCGCCUCCAGCUGGCCAAGUCACUCCAAACUUCACCAAAUUGCUUGUGAUCUCUCACCUACAUCAAUGUACAUCUAUUUAAGUCAUUAAAAUAAUUCACUAUA